AUGGGGUUAUUGCAGGGCUAUGAAUCAGACGAGGACUUGAGCGAUCGGAACGAGAAAAAGCCACACACAGGCGAAAAAGUGAACUCUGGACGGGUCCAGAAGCCGUCAGCGCAGAAGUCGUCGCUGGCCAAGCUGGAUCUUGGCAAGGUGCUGGGGAUCAAGCAGAGCGCCAAGCUUGAGGUGGCGGAAAACGGCGUUGAUGUGGACCAACUGCGAGUUGCCCAAGAGCCGCGGGAACAUAGCGAGGACGGAGACGCACAAGAGACAGAGUCCAGGGCUUCUGACGAAGCAGACUCGCCCAAGAUGGUGGAGCUCGACAUGGCGAAGUUCUACGCUGAAAACAAAAGACUCAUCAGCUCCGGCGAACUCGACCACAAGGACAUCGUUCUGCAGAACUCGCGUGCCACGUAUUACGCAGUCGGGAACAACAACCUGUCGAACGUGAUCAGUUUCACAGAGAAGAAUAGCGACAAGAUCCGGCGCCAGAUCGAGUCCGACAGGCGGAAACUGGCGGCAAAGGGCAGGCAUGGUGACAGAUAG